AAUCCCCAUAUUUGGCUUUUCUCUCCAUUUCCCAUUUUCCCUGAAAUUAUUGUUAAGAGUCUACAGAGAGAAAGCUAAAGAUCAGAUAGAAACCAGAGAUACAUACAGGGUGUGACCUUUAGUCACAAGAGAACACAGAAUCUAAAUCCACCAAAACGACGAAGAUGUGGAGAAGAGCACUUUCUUCACAGCUCAAAACCCUAGCCUCCUCCUAUCGAUCUGCUUCCGCCGUCUCCCGAUUUGCUUCCUCUAAUCGAUUCUUCAUUUCCCCAUCGCCUUCCGCUUCUCUCUCCAAUCGCUACUUCAGUAUCGAUUCAGAUGGUGCUGUGAAAAAGAGGAUUGAGGAUGUAAUGCCUAUUGCUACUGGACAUGAGCGCGAGGAGCUUGAAGCUGAGCUUCAGGGGAAGGAUGUUCUUGAAAUUAACCAUCCUGUUGGUCCUUUUGGCACAAAGGAAGCUCCGGCUGUUGUCAAGUCAUACUAUGACAAGAGAAUUGUUGGUUGCCCUGGAGGUGAAGGAGAGGAUGAGCAUGACGUUGUUUGGUUUUGGCUGGAGAAAGGCAAGCCUCAUGAAUGUCCAGUUUGCUCGCAGUACUUUGUGCUGGAAGUAGUGGGCCCUGGAGGACCUCCUGAUGGGCAUGGAGACGAUGAAGAUCAUCACUAAUUACAGCAUUUUUCAGUUUUCCUCUUGGAAUAAAAUUCAGGAAGAUGAUGAGACAAUUUCCAGGAUACGAUGAAGCAUUGAAGUUCAGAAACUGAAUGUCUUGUUUGUUUGUUUUCAAUUAGUCUUUUAAUCUUUUGUGGCUGUUGCUUUUGCAACUGAUGGGACGGUAUCUUUUUGGUGAUAAUGUAGACAAAGAUUGGUCAUCUGUUGGAAUCAUGGAUCUCGUUAGGUUUCCUUUAAUGCAUUGCCAAAUAAUUGAUGGCUACACUUCUAUUCUUUCAUGAAACUUAAAAGUUAGUGUGAAAGAGUAUCAUACAACUUUUACCUUGGUA